AUGCCUCACAUCCCGUUUACACCUCGAGAGGCACGCGGAGUUCACUGCUUCAAAAGGCUCAAGACGUAUGCCAACUUCCCAGAAGCACCUCAGGAGGAGGCUUCUCUCAGCAAUAGGCUCAAGACGUAUGCCAACUUCCCAGAAGCACCUCAGGAGGAGGCUUCUCUCAGCAAUAGGCUCAAGACUUAUGCCAACUUCCCAGAAGCACGUCAGGAGGAGGCUUCGCUCAGCAAUAGGCUCAAGACGUAUGCCAACUUCCCAGAAGCACCUCAGGAGGAGGCUUCUCUCAGCAAUAGGCUCAAGACGUAUGCCAACUUCCCAGAAGCACCUCAGGAGGAGGCUUCUCUCAGCAAUAGGCUCAAGACGUAUGCCAACUUCCCAGAAGCACCUCAGGAGGAGGCUUCUCUCAGCAAUAGGCUCAAGACGUAUGCCAACUUCCCAGAAGCACCUCAGGAGGAGGCUUCUCUCAGCAAUAGGCUCAAGACGUAUGCCAACUUCCCAGAAGCACCUCCGGAGGAGGCUUCUCUCAGCAAUAGGCUCAAGACGUAUGCCAACUUCCCAGAAGCACCUCAGGAGGAGGCUUCUCUCAGCAAUAGGCUCAAGACGUAUGCCAACUUCCCAGAAGCACCUCAGGAGGAGGCUUCUCUCAGCAAUAGGCUCAAGACGUAUGCCAACUUCCCAGAAGCACCUCCGGAGGAUGCUUCUCUCAGCAAUAGGCUCAAGACGUAUGCCAACUUCCCAGAAGCACCUCAGGAGGAGGCUUCUCUCAGCAAUAGGCUCAAGACGUAUGCCAACUUCCCAGAAGCACCUCAGGAGGAGGCUUCUCUCAGCAAUAGGCUCAAGACGUAUGCCAACUUCCCAGAAGCACCUCAGGAGGAGGCUUCUCUCAGCAAUAGGCUCAAGACGUAUGCCAACUUCCCAGAAGCACCUCAGGAGGAGGCUUCUCUCAGCAAUAGGCUCAAGACGUAUGCCAACUUCCCAGAAGCACCUCAGGAGGAGGCUUCUCUCAGCAAUAGGCUCAAGACGUAUGCCAACUUCCCACAAGCACCUCAGGAGGAGGCUUCUCUCAGCAAUAGGCUCAAGACGUAUGCCAACUUCCCAGAAGCACCUCAGGAGGAGGCUUCUCUCAGCAAUAGGCUCAAGACGUAUGCCAACUUCCCAGAAGCACCUCAGGAGGAGGCUUCUCUCAGCAAUAGGCUCAAGACGUAUGCCAACUUCCCAGAAGCACCUCAGGAGGAGGCUUCUCUCAGCAAUAGGCUCAAGACGUAUGCCAACUUCCCAGAAGCACCUCCGGAGGAGGCUUCUCUCAGCAAUAGGCUCAAGACGUAUGCCAACUUCCCAGAAGCACCUCAGGAGAAGGCUUCUCUCAGCAAUAGGCUCAAGACGUAUGCCAACUUCCCAGAAGCACCUCAGGAGGAGGCUUCUCUCAGCAAUAGGCUCAAGACGUAUGCCAACUUCCCAGAAGCACCUCAGGAAGAGGCUUCUCUCAGCAAUAGGCUCAAGACGUAUGCCAACUUCCCAGAAGCACCUCAGGAGAAGGCUUCUCUCAGCAAUAGGCUCAAGACGUAUGCCAACUUCCCAGAAGCACCUCAGGAGGAGGCUUCUCUCAGCAAUAGGCUCAAGACGUAUGCCAACUUCCCAGAAGCACCUCAGGAGGAGGCUUCUCUCAGCAAUAGGCUCAAGACGUAUGCCAACUUCCCAGUAGCACCUCAGGAGGAGGCUUCUCUCAGCAAUAGGCUCAAGACGUAUGCCAACUUCCCAGAAGCACCUCAGGAGGAGGCUUCUCUCAGCAAUAGGCUCAAGACGUAUGCCAACUUCCCAGAAGCACCUCAGGAGAAGGCUUCUCUCAGCAAUAGGCUCAAGACGUAUGCCAACUUCCCAGAAGCACCUCAGGAGGAGGCUUCUCUCAGCAAUAGGCUCAAGACGUAUGCCAACUUCCCAGAAGCACCUCAGGAGGAGGCUUCUCUCAGCAAUAGGCUCAAGACGUAUGCCAACUUCCCAGAAGCACCUCAGGAGGAGGCUUCUCUCAGCAAUAGGCUCAAGACGUAUGCCAACUUCCCAGAAGCACCACAGGAGGAGGCUUCUCUCAGCAAUAGGCUCAAGACGUAUGCCAACUUCCCAGAAGCACCUCAGGAGGAGGCUUCUCUCAGCAAUAGGCUCAAGACGUAUGCCAACUUCCCAGAAGCACCACAGGAGGAGGCUUCUCUCAGCAAUAGGCUCAAGACGUAUGCCAACUUCCCAGAAGCACCUCAGGAGGAGGCUUCUCUCAGCAAUAGGCUCAAGACGUAUGCCAACUUCCCAGAAGCACCACAGGAGGAGGCUUCUCUCAGCAAUAGGCUCAAGACGUAUGCCAUCUUCCCAGAAGCACCUCAGGAGGAGGCUUCUCUCAGCAAUAGGCUCAAGACGUAUGCCAACUUCCCAGAAGCACCUCCGGAGGAGGCUUCUCUCAGCAAUAGGCUCAAGACGUAUGCCAACUUCCCAGAAGCACCUCAGGAGGAGGCUUCUCUCAGCAAUAGGCUCAAGACGUAUGCCAACUUCCCAGAAGCACCUCAGGAGGAGGCUUCUCUCAGCAAUAGGCUCAAGACGUAUGCCAACUUCCCAGAAGCACCUCAGGAGGAGGCUUCUCUCAGCAAUAGGCUCAAGACGUAUGCCAACUUCCCAGAAGCACCUCAGGAGGAGGCUUCUCUCAGCAAUAGGCUCAAGACGUAUGCCAACUUCCCAGAAGCACCUCAGGAGGAGGCUUCUCUCAGCAAUAGGCUCAAGACGUAUGCCAACUUCCCAGAAGCACCUCAGGAGGAGGCUUCUCUCAGCAAUAGGCUCAAGACGUAUGCCAACUUCCCAGAAGCACCUCAGGAGGAGGCUUCUCUCAGCAAUAGGCUCAAGACGUAUGCCAACUUCCCAGAAGCACCUCAGGAGGAGGCUUCUCUCAGCAAUAGGCUCAAGACGUAUGCCAACUUCCCAGAAGCACCUCAGGAGGAGGCUUCUCUCAGCAAUAGGCUCAAGACGUAUGCCAACUUCCCAGAAGCACCUCAGGAGGAGGCUUCUCUCAGCAAUAGGCUCAAGACGUAUGCCAACUUCCCAGAAGCACCUCAGGAGGAGGCUUCUCUCAGCAAUAGGAAUCCCAAAAUCCCUGUGGCUACUGGAAAGGGUCCUUGGGUGCCCUGCCUCACCUCGAGAAGCGUCCCUUUGGCCCUGCCAAGCCUCGAAGAGAUUCCUGAGGUGUCCCUCGUUACUAGACAGGAGUCCUGA